AUGGCUAAACCCCAUCGCCUCAUUCUCCUUCUUCUCAUCCUCUUCGUUACUCUUCAAUCUUCUCCCACAUUCGUUUCUGCUUCACCCUCAAAUCACAUCUACAACGUUGGACAAAAUGUCCCAUUUUUCGUCAACAAACUAGGACCCUUCAACAAUCCAAGUGAAACAUAUCAAUACUAUCAAUUACCAUUCUGCAAACCAGACCCAAUAGUGGAAAAGAAAGAAUCCCUUGGUGAAGUUCUCAAUGGUGAUCGUUUGACAAAUGGGUUGUAUGAGUUCAAGUUCAGGGAAGACAAGAUUGAUGAAACAUUGUGUAAACAGAAGCUUACAGUUGAUGAAAUUGGAACCUUCAAGCAAGCUAUAAACAAUGAAUUUUACUUUCAGUUUUAUUUGGAUGAUCUUCCAUUUUGGGGGUUCAUUGGGAAGCUUGAAGAUGAAAGCUUCAGUCAUGAUGGGGGAGGAUUAAAAUAUUACCUUUUUACACAUGUUCAAUUUGAUGUUCUUUAUAAUGGGAACGGGGUCGUAGAAGUGAAAGCGUUCGGUGAUCCGAAUCGAGCUGUAGAUAUAACCAAAGAUGUUGAAAUUGAUAAUGUUAAGUUCAGUUAUUCGGUUAUCUGGAAUAACACCGAACUACAUUUUGAGAAUAGGAUGGAGAGAUACUCGAGAGCUUCGUUGCUGCCUUUGUAUCGUCAAGUUCAUUGGUUCUCUUUCGUUAACUCAAUUGUCAUCAUUUUGCUUUUGGUUGGUUUGCUUGCCCUGAUUUAUUCAAGACACUUGAAGAGUGAUAUGAAAAAGUAUUCUAGUGCAAAUGAAGAAGAUAGGGAGGUUGGUUGGAAGUCGAUUCAUGGCGAUGUAUUCAAACAUCCUCCAAACUCGUCCUUGUUGUUUGCUGUCGUGGGAACGGGUACCCAAUUGCUAAUCUUGCUUUGUGUCAUACUGUUCCUAGCAUUUAUCGGUACCCUCUAUCCAUACAAUCGUGGCGGACUCUCAAAUUGUCUUGUCUUUAUAUUCACUCUUUCAUCUGUUUUUGCUGGUUACUCGACAGCAUCCUUCCAUGGCCAAUUUGCUGAAGAUGGAUGGGAGAGGAGUGUUGGUCUAGCAGGAAUUCUUUACAUUGGACCAGUGUUUGUUACGUUCUCUAUCCUCAACGUUAUUGCAAUAUCUUACAGGGUUACAGCGAGACUCCCAUUGGGCUCCAUUAUUGUGAUUCUUUGUUUAUUCGCAUUUGUUGCAAUCCCAUUGCUUGCAUUUGGAGGAGUGAUUGGAUACCGUUUAAGGUCUAAGUUUCAGGUCCCCUCUGCUACAAAGAGAUAUUCUAAAGAGAUUCAACCGCUUCCUUGGUACAGGAGAACACCGUUUCAAAUGUUUAUUGGAGGUUUUGUGCCGUUUAGUGCAAUUGUCCUGCAAUUACAUCAGGUAUACGCUAGUAUGUGGGGAUACAAAAUAUUCACUCUUCCUGGUAUUUUGGUUGUCACACUCAUCACUGUCGUUGUGAUUAUUGCGCUCGUAAAUAUUGGCUUGACGUACAUUCAACUAUCCGAGGAAGACCAUCAUUGGUGGUGGAGAUCUGUGCUGUGUGGUGGUUCACCAGCCAUUUUCAUGUUCGCAUAUUGUAUCUACUUCUAUGCAAGAUCAAGAAUGAGUGGUUUCUUACAACUAUCUAUCUUCAUUGGCUACAAUGCAUGCAUAUGCUAUGCUUUCUUCUUGAUAUUUGGUGCCAUCAGUUUCCGAGUUUCUUUGCUAUUUGUUCGCCAUAUAUACCAUAAUGUUAAAAGGGAGUGA